AUGCAAUCCCAACACGAAGAAGAGGACAAAGCCUCGACCUCGAGCUUGGGUGAUCGGCACGAGGCACCCAAACCCAUGAUCGAUCCUGCCAUCCUCGACGGCGACGACGACGACGACGACGACGACGACGACGACGACGAGCAGGACGAGGAUGACGACGACGACGAGGACGAGGUGGGUGCCGGCUCACUCUCCAUCACGACCGCCUCGAGAGUGCUGACUCGGGUACGAUCUUCUCCUGCAGGACUCGGACCGUGAAAGGGAUCGCCCACGCAAGAAGAAGGUAUCUUGAAAAUCGGGACUUGUCGUUGCAGCAGAGCCCACCGAGCUGACUCCCGUUCCCCCACUCACUCUACAGAGGAGAAGACGCGCCGGAGGCAAUCAGUUCCUCGAUAUCGAAGCCGAUGUCGAUGAAGAUGAGGACGAGGAGGAAGACGAGGGAGAGGAAGGCUUUGUUGCUAACGGUCAGUCGUGUCGACCGAUGCCUGCUGUUGGGCCAUCUAGCUGAUUCCCCCGGUGAUGACCCCGCUUCGCAGAUGACUUCAUCGUCAAUCAACGACGCGCACCUCGAGGCGGACUGCUCGCGGAUGGCGACGACGACGACAUGGGUGAUUUGGUAGAAGGCGAAGGCGAUCUCGACGGUGACGCGUCCCAUCGAUUGUUGGAUCGGCGACGCAUGGCCAAGCGGGAUCGCGAAGCCGCCGAACUCGCCGCCUCGUUCCGUGACCGCUACGGCAAAUCCAACUACGUGGGUGAAGGCGAUGCGGAAUGGGCACCCAAGGCGCUCUUGAUGCCGGGUGUGAACGACCCAAGUAUUUGGGGUGUCAAGUGCAAGGUACGCUGCCCUUGAGCCACGCCUCAUGUUCGCGGACCUGCUUGCUGACUUGCUUUCCGCUCGACCCACCGAACAGAUUGGCCGAGAACGUGACCUCGUCAUGUCCAUCUCUCGCAAGGCCGCCGCCUUUGCAGCUUCCGACAAUGCUGAGCCGCUCGAGAUUAUCUCGGCCAUGCACCGCGAUUCGCUCAAAGGGUUCAUCUACAUCGAAGCCCGCUCCGAAACGGCCGUGCGCAAGGCGUGCAACGGCCUGCUCAACAUCUACAUCAACGGCAUCAACGGAUUGUUCCUCAUCGACAUUGAAGAGAUGCCCGACUUGCUCAAGACGAAGCAGAAGAAGCCCGAGAUCAACGUCGGCGCUUGGGUACGAAUAAAGCGCGGCAAGCACGCCGGUGACCUCGCGCAAAUCAUCGACUUUGCCGAAAACGACGAAGAGCUCGUGCUCAAAUUCAUCCCUCGCAUCGACCUGACGCCGAAGGAGGACACGCUUGGUUCGGACGGCAAGAAGCGCAAGAAAGGCUCGGGCAACGUCGCGUUCCGACCGCCGCAGAACUUCUUCAACCCCGACGAGAUCGUCAAGAUCUACGGCGGCAAGGAAGUAUCCCGGAAACCGGGGAAGCUGUUCGUCUUCCGAAACGAAGAGUACAGAAACGGCUACUGCGAAAAGUUAA